GAAGAAAAGCAGAGCGAAGAUGGAUCCUAUCCACAUUGACUUACAGUUUACGUAUUUUUCCUUCAAUUAUUUGUAUAAAUCCUGAAUAAAUACAGGUCAUUGACACUUUUCUACUAUUACGUGGAAAACUUUUAUUAAAAAAAAUCAGAAAUGCUGAGAUCCGGAAGUACUUUUUAGUGUUGUUGCGGAGACGCUGAUAAAAUAUGCCAUGUUUUUAGUUGCUUCCUGUUAGUUGUGGUAAAUAACGUGGUUAAACUACUUAUAGAUUAGCGGUUAGGUAUCGAUUUUUACAUAAACUCAACAGAAAUGUAAUUUAUUUUCUACGCUGCUGAUUCAGAUAACAGUGCGUUAGCUACAUGCUAUUUAACUUGAGAUAAGACUCGGCGUUGUCACUUCAUGCCAUUCAUCUCAUUGUUGAAACGUGAUACAUCGUGCCACGUAACGUCUGGGUAGCUACCGGUGCUAAUAUUUACUGCAGACCAAAUGGAGGACGGAAAAUCGCCAACACGUUUCGUCUACUGUAACCGAGAUUUUGCUGACCAUGUUUGCUGGUCUGGAUGUGGUGACCGAACUGCCUCGAUGUCUAAAUUUGACACGACAAUUCAAGCCGGAUGGACUGACAGGAUGGAGAGGGGGCUGUUCCGUUAUCACCUGGGCGACUUGGAGACAAGAAUUUUACCUGGGCCGGCUCGGUAUGUGGCCCAACUGAAUAUUCAAAGAGGGGUAGAGCGAAGACAGCCCCAGGAAAUAUUAAGCAUCAAACAAAACUUUGACACCAAACAGUUCAACUUCAACAAAAUCAAUCCAGAGGAAGUCAUUUUUGAGAUGAGUAAGCAAAUUGAGCCUACGUCGCAACCCAAAGGUGGGGGCCCCUGUAAAGAAAAUGGACACCCAUGUGAUGAAUUCUGUAGAAUUAUGGUGAUGGUCAAUGUUAGCCCAUUGGAAUUUGGUCACUGUUUAUUAGUUCCAGAGCCCACCCAGUGUUCACCACAGGUCCUGACCCCCGCUGCCAUCCAAAUCGGAAUCGAAUCUGUGCUGCUGAGUUCUGACCCGGGCUUCCGCGUGGGAUUCAAUAGUCUUGGUGCGUUUGCAUCUGUCAAUCAUCUCCACCUUCAUGGAUACUACAUGAAGCAGGAGCUAAACUUAGAAACUGCUUCAACCCAACCCUUAGUGCCAGAAAAGGGAUUUUACCGUCUGAGAGACUUCCCCGUCGGCUUUAUGUUCUACGCUGAAAUGGAUGACCUUGAGAAAGUUGUCUGUGCCAUUAGUCAGGUCACAAACUCAUUGGUGGAGAGGAACAAGGCACACAACCUGUUUUUCACUCGAGGCUACCCACCUGGGAAGUCUGAUGUGCGUGCCAGGCGUGGUGUGCGCAUUGCCGUGUGGCCUAGGAGGUCCUGCUUUGGUGCCAAAGAUGAAUCUGCCUUCAAUGUGGCUCUGUGUGAGCUGGCUGGACAUUUACCAUUCAAGAACAGACAUGACUUUGAACACAGCACUGAAAAAGAUGUGAUGGCCAUCAUUCAGAGUUCCACCCAGGAUGUGCCCAGCAUUGAAGACAGAAACAGAGAUACUGGCACAGAUAAUUAUUUCCAAGGCAACCUCUUAAGACAAAGAUGGAGGGAUUCCCACCACCCUGGCUCCAGCCACCCAGGGACCCACUCCUCUGACAGCAAUAAUUCCAACAUGGAGGAUGAGGAGCAGGAGCCUGGCAGGAGGGCAUUCACCUUGCACCUGGGACAGGCCCUCAGGACCAGGCAGCUGGUGAUAGAUUUUGACGGGGAGCGUCCCAUCCCCCGGCUUAGGGAGCCCCUGGACCUGUUUGCCAUCCCCUCCACCCCUUUCCAGGGGGUCCGCUGGCCCAUUGAGUAUGAGGUCUUCAAGGAAGCCAUACACCACAUAGAGUGGGACCCUCCAGACCCAGAGCUGUUCUACCAGCCCACGGGCCAUGAGAGGGCCCCCAUGCCUGUCGGGGAGGAAAAGGGGAACAUGGUUUACUGCAUUGACCCAGGCACAAAGACCUCCUACUUCACCUACUCUCGUGUGGGAGGAAGCCGGGGGCCCAUCAAGAGCUCCACCUCUUGUGCCAUGCAUCAGGACAAGUCCACCCUGGCCUUUGAGUCACGCUUUGAGAGCGGCAACCUGCAGAAGGCAGUUCAAGUCGGUGUCCAUGACUAUGAGCUCACCCUCCGGACCGACAUGUACACCACCAAGCACACACAGUGGUUCUACUUCCGGGUCAGAAACAUGAAGGCGGGGGUCACCUAUCGCUUCACCAUAGUCAACUUGAUGAAGGCUAGCAGCCUGUACUGCCUGGGCAUGAGGCCUCUGCUCUACUCUGAAAGAGCCGCCUGGGAGAAGGGAGAGGGCUGGCGCCGAACUGGCUCCAACAUCAGAUACUACCGCAACCAGCACCACCAGGCUGAGCAGGACAACAACACUACCACCAACACAAAGUCCCUAUACUCCCUUACAUGGACCGGCCAGUUCCCCUACGACUUUGACACCUGCUAUUUGGCCCACUGCUACCCCUACACCUACUCCCACCUGCAGCGCUACCUCAGCCGCCUCACCUCCAACUCGGCCACCGGCGCCUACUGCAAGCUGCGGGUGCUGUGUCGCAGCCUGGCCGGCAAUGCUGUGCACGUGCUGACAGUGACAUCACCAGGAGGGGGGUGGAUGGAUAGGAGUGCCAAGCGGGCGGUGGUGGUUACAGCCAGGGUGCACCCCGGGGAGACCAACAGCUCCUGGAUGAUGCAGGGCUUCCUGGACUUCCUGCUAGGAGAGUCAGACGACGCCAGGCUGCUGAGGGAGACUUUUGUGUUUAAGGUGGUGCCCAUGCUGAACCCAGAUGGGGUGGUUGUGGGGAACUAUCGCUGCUCUCUGGCCGGCAGGGACCUGAACAGGAACUACAAUACCCUGUUGAGGGACUCCUUCCCCUGUGUCUGGCACACCAGGAACAUGGUCAAGAGACUGAUGGCUGAGAGGGACGUAGUGUUGUAUUGUGAUUUCCACGGUCACAGUCGUAAGAACAACGUCUUCAUGUAUGGCUGUACCAACAGCGAUGAUGCCACACAACGGCUCCAUGAGAGAGUCUUCCCGCUCAUGAUGAGCAAGAACGCCAAUGACAAGUUCUCGUUCAGGAGCUGUAAGUUCAGAGUUCAUCAGAGUAAAGAGGGAACAGGACGCGUCGUCAUGUGGAGGCUAGGCAUCAGGAACAGCUACACCAUGGAGUCCACCUUCGGAGGCUCCACUCUGGGGAACAGGAAGGGGACCCAUUUCACCACCAGGGACCUGAAGUCUCUGGGGUACUACUUAUGUGACACACUGCUGGACUACUGUGAUCCCGACCCAACCAAGACCAGUCACUGCCUAGCUGAGUUGCGGGCGAUGUUAAGGCAGGAGCUCAGAGAGAGGCUGGGCCGGGAGGUCGACUCUGAUGGAUCUCUCAGCGUCUCCAUUUCUGACAUUGAGUCCAGUACCAGCGGCUCAAACAGCACAGAGUCUGAUGGCCUGCCUGUCCAUCUACUGAACCGAAUUGAUGAGCAGAGCCAAGUGAAGAAGAAACACCUGAGGAGUGGUAAGGAGAGGAACAGACUGAGACAGGAGAGAGUGAGAAACGUCGACCCAAAGGUCCUCCACAGGAACAUCAAGAACAUAGACCCUGUGCUACCCACUGAGGACAUGGUGAAGGUGAGGAUCCAGGAAAAGACGGUGGCCAUGGUCAGAGAGAAGAAGAAGAGAGAGGUGCCGUUUGUGGUGAAAGUGAGCCGUCAGACAGAACGCUCCUGGAUCCCCCAUCCCACCACUCGCAUCGGGGUCAUAGGCCAUGUGACCCUCUGGCAGGAGGAGGAGUCAGAGAAGAAUGAAUACCUGGAUGCUGUAAGGGCUGCAUACCUGCGUACUCAGCCACCUGUCACAGAGGAGCCGGAGGAGGAGCGGCUGCAGUAUUGGAGUCCCCAGCUGCAGUUUGGCUCCUCCCAGGCCCCGCGGCCGGGACCUCAGCGGCGCCCCUUAUCUUUUACAGCUGUACAGCAACGCGGCUUCUCUGUGCCUGUGCCCACCUCGAAGAUCAGGGUUCACACCACCCCCAUUCAGCAGCAACCCAUGCCCUUCAGCCCCGAUCACAGAAGCCACGCUGGGAUGAGAGAGAGGAUGCCUGCUUUACACACCAGUUCUCCCCCAGUAGUUCCGGGCAUGCAGUGCAGGGUGGUCCCUGAGUUCAUCCCGCCACAAGGCCUGGAGCCCUGCCGCUCUUCCAACGUCUACCCAGCCAAGUCCCACCACCAGUGGCCACGCCCAGAGAAACAAGGCCACGCAGCCCGGGUCUCCAAACGCUACUACAUGCCAGAGGCUCCAACCUCUAACACAGAUGCCCUAGAGCCCCUAUGGAGGAGCCCAGAAAGGGACUGCACAGCAGGUGUAUCAGACGCUAUGCCUGUGGGUGAGCAGGACCAGAGUGGACCUCAAGCACCCUUUGAGAAGCCACCGAGUAAACCUGGGACAGACAGUAACUCCUUCCUGCCAGACCUGAGGCACAUAGACUUCAGAGGGAAAAGCUAUGGCUGUCUAUGGGGAGACCAGGCAGGGGCUGGAGUACAGAGGCAGGGCCCCUCAAAGAGAGAGCCGCUGAGGGGGGGAGAAGGCAGGCGUGUAUGUGGAGGAGAUGCAGCAGCAAGGCGUGUGAAAAGCAACCACAGGUUGGCCCAGCAGACAUUGCAAGAGGAUAAACAGGAAAUGGGCAUUUUACCCCAGAUGUCCUCGACCACCCACACCAAGAUAGAUCAUCUGCCCCGACAGCUAGACAGUCUACGUAGGCUCCAGAAACUCAGCCUGGCCAAUACCUCCAGGUUCCACUCCAGUGGGAGAGGGGCGGAAGCAGGGACAGGGUUGGAUCUGGAGAAGAGGAUGGUCGCCAGACCGUCAGGGUCUGCCCCUCCUCGCAGUACAGCACCUUUGAGCUGAGAACCAGGCAGGGACACACAUUGGCAAAUGUACCAGACAGACGACUGCUGAUACGAACCCCUGAAGAUGGGCGGAGACUAUAGGAAGUUUCUGCUCUAUUUUGACCACAAGAAGAUGUACAGCACAUUGCCUUUCAGGUGGAUAUCGAAAUUACAUGUAUUUUUGCCUUGAUUGUGUGACUUUCUUAUUUGAUGAGUCUACGUGUCACUUUAAAUCUAACUGAACUGUUUUGCAUACUUUUUAUAAUAUUUUGUAUCCAUUUUUCAUCAUGUAAAUUAUUUAUUUUUCAUUUCUCAAAUGGGGGCGUAAUCAGAUUGAGUCACUCCCAAUGCAGAAGUUAUUUCUGUUAAUCAAGAGACAGAUCAUCAUUAAUCAUAAAGUAUCAUAUAACAUCAGUCCAGAAAAUACUGUCUCAGUAUUACUGGGCAGCACGCGUAAUAUUAUCAAACUGUGUAUGCGUGUCUUCAUCAUUCAGACACAAUGUUACUGUAGCAUAAACCUUGUGAAACAUAGAUAUUUAGCAGACUUAAAAUUAGUGCAUUCAUCUCAAGAUAGCUGGGUGAGACAUCCACAUAUCACGUGACAAAAAAUAUAUACAGUUUGUAUUUUUAGUCACAUAUACAUUUAAUCUCUUCACAUCUGUACAAAAAAAAUCACUGAAGGUACACAUGGUAUAAAAAUACAUAUGUAAAUUGCUGGACAUGGUCCACUGAUAACAAAACUGAGGGCUGAAUCCUAACUUGAGAUACAUGUAAGUAGCAUGUAAGUUUCUCCUUACUCAUAAUCAACAUUAGUAGGAGAUACAGUAUACACGACUCUCUUUCCUGUGUUUCCAAGUGUUCAUCUCUUUCUGUGUGUCCGCUCAGCCGAGCAGUCAGGCGGCCCUCAGCUCCUGAAUCCCAUCAAACCAGAGCUGCCAACUCUCACGCAUUGACUGUGAGACAUGGAUUUGACCCUCAUCUCACGCUCCCACGGCACACCUCUUACAUCUCACACAUUGAAAAGUACUGCAUUUAUUUUUCUAAUUCAUGUUGUGCUCCAAAUCGUUUUGAAAUUGGAAAAUCUGCGACCAAGGUAAAGAUUUUAUUCAGGUUGGAUAUUCGACGGAUAUUUGCCUGUAGUUUUCCUAACGUCCACCAACAGCAGUUAGGGACCGUCAACGUAUUGACAAAUCACAUUUUUAACAUUUCAAUAGCUCUUUAACCAUUACUCCUAAAAUGUUCAAAACGGAUUCUCGCUAACCUGAUGGCAGAGACACAUAUUGCACACACUAUUUUUUUGUCAAUUUACAUCUCGCACUAUUUUAAAUUAUUUAUAAAACAUCUUGUAAUUCAAUAGCGCCUUGGUCAUGUCACAAACCUCAAAUAAGGUUCAUAAUGUACACUCAGUGGGCCUACUCAUUGCACACCCUUUUGCUUGUCCAUUUGCAUCUCAUGAGAUUUUAUGACCUUUUCAUGACCUACAACCCUUUCAGAAUAUCCACUGAGUACCAAGGUAAAGACAGUUUCAGGUUGGAUAUUCGCCAGAUAUUCACACUUUCAAACCUCAAUAGCUUUCAAACCACUUGAGCCACAGACUCCAAAUAAGUGUCAUGAUGUUGGAAACAUUGUACAGAUCGAUUUGGACAAUAAUUCACUUUUCAAAGCUAGUAAAUGUGAGCAGCUUUCCGUAUUUGUUAGGGAGCGUAAACAAACUUGUCUUACAUUCGAAUUUCAAGAGCUCCUUGGUUCAGAAUGUCCACUCAGUGGGCCUACACAGUGCACACCCUUUAGUUUGUCCAUUUUCAUCUCACACGUUUUUACAUGCAUUUUUCAAACUUUAGAAUUUCAAUAGCUCCUUGGUCAUGUGACCUAAUGACCUCAAACAAACUUCAGAAGGUUCACAGACUAGCCUUAUAUAUUGCACACUCUUGUUUGUGUACUGUAAUCUCAUGUCAAUUACACACCUAAGAAGUGUGCAGUGGACAUAUACCCAUAUUGCAUAACUUUUAGUUAUGUAUCUAUAUUGUUGUACAUUAAUAUAAUAUUAGUUUGACAAUUAGCCCCAGAUUUUUAGCAACAAAAAAAUAUAUAUAUAAAUAUUUAUUUUUUUGGCUUGCCUGUUUUGCAUGUUAUUUUGGCAUUAAUAUGUGUCACAUAUCAGUUUGCAAACAAUGUCAAAAAUAAAUGUAUAUAUAUAUAUAUAUAUAUAUAUAUAAUUCAGUUAAAACCUCUACAGGAUUGGUGUCCCCCCCCACGGGACGGUUGAGCUAACGUAGGCUAAUGUGAUUAGCAUGAGAUUGUAAGUAACAAGAACAUUUCCCAGGACAUAGACAUAUCUGAUAUGGAUCAUUAUUGUUAAACUAACUGCACUGUCCAAUUCACAGUAGCUAUUACAUUGAAAGAAUACCAUGCUUUGUUUUAGGAGAGUGUACAGUUAUGAAGUUGAAAAUGUAAUAAUAAACCAAUUAGGCACAUUUGGGCAGUCAAUACAACAUUUGAGCAGAAAUGCAAUGGCUCAUUGAAACAUUACACUGCUUCCAAAUUGCGCCUAACUUGGAAUAUUACAUUUUGGCCUUGUUCUUGCAUUUAAAGAUGAUGGAACAAAAAAAAAUAAACAUGUUUUUCUUUGUA